UGUCACUUGUGCUAGAAUGGAAAAGAAGACAAAAUUGUAAAUUGAUUUCCUUUGGGAUGUUUUAGCUGUGAGUCGUGAUGACAGGUGUCGGCCUCUUUGCCUCUCCAAGUUCUUUAGAAUAUACAGUGCCUGUAUCAGCUGUGUCCUUGUAACACACUUAUAGUGAAAAUGAGUGGUGGUUAUGAAGUGGAGCAGUUUGUGAAUACUCCAGAUGAUGAUCUGAUUUGUGUCAUCUGUAAAGCGGUUCUACGGUGCCCAGUACGCCUUAAAUGUAACCACAUCUUCUGCAAGGAAUGCAUUUUACAGUGGAUGAAACGACAGGUGAAAUGCCCAUGCUGUAGGCAGUCUAUUUACCAGAACCAAAUGCUUGUUUUGUUUAAGCUGAGUAAAUCUAUUGGCCGUUUAUCAAUCAGGUGUCGAAAUGAACAGCAGGGCUGCAGGGCCACUUUCCCGCUCUCUAAUGAGUACCUUCACAUCUCUAACUGUCCAUAUGAGUGGCAGCUGUGCCCACAUGAGGGCUGUGGGGAACAGGUGCUAAGGAAGGAUGCUCAGGCACAUGACCAGAGCUGCAGACACUGGCGACAGCUGUGCUCCAUGGGGUGUGGCACAAUACUUUUCCGAGAGAACCAGGCCCAACACAACUGCUACCGAGAGCUGCAGCAACGCUAUAUAGCCGAGCGGCGGCAGCAGAGGGCCAUUGCAGCCAACCUGCGCAGGAAGAUGUUGCGCAUGCAGAGUCGCAUGGCCCAAAUAAGGAGGCAGAUAAACCAGAUGUGUGAGAGCCUGGAUGUUGGCGAUCUGGAGGUUGAAGCAGGGGAGGGAACCAGUGCUUGGAUCAACUCUAAUGCAAGCUGCACCUCUACCAGUCUGGGCAGCAGCAGUCGCCAUCAAACGAACAGCAACAGUUCAAGAGUUAGACAUACAUAAUGUUCACUGUAACAGUGAAAUCCUCUGUUUAGCAGAAUACAGGAUUAAAGUAAUGCAUUCAAGUUUGUUUAUUAUGUGUGUGCAGUUAAAUUUAAUGUGCCCGUUUAAUACUGAAAUAGGGAAAAUGGGUCUGAAAAGGGUUUUUUAAUAAUCAUCUAAAGGACAACACAGAUUAUACACACAAAUAUUACAAAUGUAAUAUUUGUAUAAAAAGAUGCAUGACAACAAAUAAGUAAUUGUGAUUUUCUGUUUUUGUUUGCACUCCCCAGAAAGUUGGUCUAAUGCGUAAAUCUUCA